AUGCUGAUGUUAAUGUUGGCGAGCUCGGGGGCUGCCGCUGAAAAUGAUGUGUCGGCAGGAGAAAACCUUUUCGAGCUGGACACUCUGAACGCGCAAUGCCACAAACCUACCUCGCCGACGACGUCCGCAUCCUUUACACCCGUCGCAGGCCCGCCUCCUGCGGAAACCUCGGAACAUUUUUGGCCGCCACCUCCACCUCCUGAAGUAACCUCGGAAAACUUUUGGCCGCCACCUCCACCUCCUGAAGUAACCUCGGAAAACUUUUGGCCACCUCCUCCGUCUCAUGCUGUAACCGCAGAACAUUUUUGGCUGCCUCCUCCACCUCCUGCUGUAACUUCGGAAAACUUUUGGCCACCUCCUCCGUCUUUUGCUGUAACCUCAGAACAUUUUUGGCUGCCUCCUCCGCCUCCUGCAGUAACUUCGGUAAACUUUUGGCCACCUCCUCCGUUUCAUGCUGUAACCUCAGAACAUUUUUGGCUGCCUCCUCCGCCGCCACCGAUGACGACCGGCACGGCAGCGUUCCGCCGUUACCCUGCUGUGCAGAAGAUAUUAAUAAGAUAUUAA